UCUCAAACGAAUCAACAUGGUGUGGCAUACAAAUGUGAAAAACUCGAAAACGCCUCAAAUGGAAUCUCUGCUGACACCUAAAAAAAUUAGCACCGAAAAACAACUAGAAGCGGAACAGCAGGAAGAGAAAACCCUAAUGGAUCUUUUGCGUUUAUAUUGGCAGCAAUAUUGUGAGAAAUCAACCAUACACGGAGUUCGUUAUAUUUAUGAUCCAUCGCUGCGCAGCAUUGAAAGGCUCAUUUGGAGUGCCUUGGUUAUAACCUGUGUAACCCUUACGUGUAUUGCCUACGGCAUGCUGGCAGAACGUUACUCGGCUCAGAAAUUACAAACCGUUGUGGAAAAUUCACAAUAUCCGGUAUAUCAGAUACCAUUUCCGGCCGUUGGUGUUUGUCCCAAUAAUCACAUUAACUGGAAUAGAUUCGAAGCGGCAAAAGCAACAUUUCUACCACCAAAUGCCGAUCACAAUGUCGUUGAGGUAUUUACCAGCUUCGUUGGCAGUAUGGAAUCGCUGGCGUUUGGUCAAUUCGAUAGUUUCGCCGAAAUGGAUGAUGUUAAUUUGGAAUUGUUGGAUGGCAUUGAUAUCACGAAUUUGACACAGUUCAUGACCAUACGUUGUGAGGAUAUUUUCGUUAAAGGUAAUUGCUAUUGGAGACGUGUCCCAUUCGAUUGUUGUUCCAUGUUUGUGGUGGAGAAAACGGAACAUGGCUAUUGUUUUGUCUUCAACUCGAUAUUGUCGAAGGCAUCGCAGCAGCUGAAGGAAAAACAUGGCGCCAAAUUUUAUCCCUUUCACAAUUCAAAAGCUGGCCAGGGUUCUGGUUUGGGAUUCCAAAUAAAGAUGGAUAAUUCCAUGAAGAGAAAUGAAUCCAAACUGGAUGAUACCAUAACGAUUCUCAUAAAACGCCCUGAAAAAUUAUCGAACAAUGGUUACACAAUUUCGGCUGGCACAGAAACAUAUGUCAUUAUUCGACCCGAAAUCACUGAAAGCUCCAAGGAUAUACGACCAUUGAAAAAGGAACAACGCAAUUGCUUUUUUGAAGAUGAAAAUGCUCUGCAGAGCUACAAUGUUUCGCCCGUAGUUGAACGAGACUUAAUUUUGAAUAAUUGCGUAAACGUCUGUCACGAAGAACAUUUGCGGAAAUAUUGUAACUGUACCCUGCCGCAGUUCUUUUUGAACACCGACGCAUCAGUGGAAACAUGUCGUGCCUCACAAUUCCGCUGUUUGGCAAAGCAUAAUGACAUUUUCAGUUACGACAAACGUUUGGAAGAAGAUGCCUAUUUCAGUUCAGCCAAACCAGGAAUGACUUGCUCCUGCUUGAUACCCUGCAACAUUAUCGAGUACUAUACGUCUUUAACAACGCUGCCGUUAACUGCACCAACAAACUCAACGGAGGAACAAUAUUACAAAGUUGAUGUCCACUACCAAUCGGAGGUUGUCAUCAAGUAUCGUACAAGCUUAGAGUUUACCAGCAUUGAUUUAAUUGCAAAUUUCGGUGGCAUCUUUGGUCUGUGUCUGGGUGCGUCCAUGGUCAGUGCAGUUGAGUUGUUGUAUUACCUCACAGUUGGACUUGCUCUCUAUUUAUACGAUAAUAACUAUUAUCGUAUACUCAAACAACAUAUUCGAGAUUUACGCAUGAAAUGGAUAUCCGGUAUCAAAGAAACGCUCAAUGAAGAGUACGGAAAUGGUACUUCCGUGAAGAGGAAAACUUCAUUUGUGCCUAAACGUCCGCAACCAAGAAAUAAUAAAUGGUGAUCGAUGGUGGGUGUGUGUGGCAGAUACAAGAUGAAAUGAAAUAUCCUAUAUGAGAUAUCAAUAUCCUAUAUAUUUCUAUGUGUGUGUGUUUGUGUAUAUGUGUAUAAUCUUUAAAUUAUUGAAUCUUUAAACAAAAUAUAC